AUGGCAAAACCCUCGAAAUCACAGCCCGCCACCAAACCGUCCAAACCACCAAAACCUGUUCUGUCAAAUGCAGAAAGGGUUGCGCGGCGUGAGAACACCACGGCGUAUAAAUACGCCAAGGCAUCCACGCUUGCUUCUGCUGCCCCCCGCAAAGGGCCCCGCUAUCACGACGCAGACAACAACAACAAUGCAAACAACAACGAUGCAAACAACAACAAUGCAAACAACAACGAUGCGGACAACGACAAUGACAACGAUGCGGACGACAACAAUGACGACAACAACAAGGCUGGUGGAUGUGAUAACGGCGGUUGUGGCCGCAGCCACGGGGGUAACUGGAUUGCAGACGCGACCAAUCUUCAACCUUACAAGUCAGGAUGCGGAAAAUAUAUCUAUGUUGCUAACAAGGCAGGCAAAUACAAAAGAUACAAGAUGCUUGAUUGCCCGGAAGGCAGCCUGAAAGGGCUCAACGCUCUCAUGGAAAUGGAUGGACCCAGGAAUAAAGCCCUUUUUAAAGGGAUCCAGAACCAUGUCCGCACUGUUGUGCGGCAUGUGUCUUGCAGCAUCCCAGGGUGCACCUACAUUAAGCUCACCAAUGAACAGCAAGGAUCCAUCAACGCCCAGGUUUACAAGGCAUACCCAAUUAUGCGGCGGUACCGUGACAACUGGGCGGUGAAGGAGUUGACAAUCCGCGCACUUACACAUCAACGCGACCAUCAAGCGCGAAUCAAAAAGGCCGGCGGACAAGUUGCCUGGUGCAACAAACUCAAGGCACAACGCAAAGCAAAGAGAGUUGGGAAUGCUGGUACGACUAAGACAAAAGGCAAAGGAAAAACACGAUUGGAGCCCGAUCCAUCUAGCCCCACCUAUCAAACCGACAAGGGAUCUUCAAAGGCACGUAACCAGCCCCACCACUUGACUGUUCCUGAGGAUCAGUCUGAUGACAGUGAUCCCGCCCCCAUUGCCAAUCCAACCAGACCCAGACCCAGACCCAGACCCAGACCCAGACCCAGACCCAGGCCUACCUGCAUGGAUGAUUCUGAAGAGGAGGCAAGCAAUGCUAGGCCAUUGUCAUUGGGGCGGACAACCAAGAAUAAGACCUCAAAACGUGCUCCCAAGGCCACUUCCAAUGAAGAGUCUGAUGACAAGCCAACUCCGGUUGUCAAACCCCUUGGCGCAAAACAAAGGGUCAAGAAUGCACUAGCGGUGCCAAACCACGCCCACAAGAAGGCUCGCACCCAACCAGUUGAAAGCUCUGAGGACGAGAGCAUCAAUGACCCCAAGCCUUCGUGCUCAAAGUCAAAGGGGAAGGGAGUGGCUUGCAAGCGGGUGCGCCAGGUAGCCAAAGAUCUUGGCAACGAUGGGGAACCAGCUCCAGACCUUGAACGUCCGGUGACAAAGCAGAAAGCUAAGGAGGCCCAAAAGAGCAAGGCGCAGAAACGACUUGUUGAGGAUGACAGCGAAUCCGACCCAGCCCCGGCCAAAUUGCGAGGAAAUAAACACAUACAGGAAAUUUAUCCACCUAUCAGCUUGACGCUUGUCUCCAGUACACCCCCUUGUCCUGCCAAAGUUGAAGAACCCGCAAGCGCAGAGGAAGAAGCUACGCAGGAAUAUCCAUCACCUCUUGCACCCAGUACCCCAACUCCAGCUGUGGUCCCAUGUCUUGGUUUGGACAGCCCUGAAGCCGGGACCCGCAAACAUUGCACUGGACCCGACAGCGACGAGGACACCCCGGUGCUUAAGCCCGCCCAGAAGAGAGCUCAGCCCAGCGCCUUACCAGCGCCUUCUCCCCCUGCCAUCACCUACGACGAAUCAGUUGAUGCAGGGAAGAAGCGCAAGACUCCACCCGACGAGCCUACCGCCGCCCAGGCCAAGCGCAAGGGCGCGAACACUCAAAAAGAACAGCCAGCUAAGAAGGGUCAAACAACCGCAACCUUGGCGGGGGCGGAUGAGGAGAUGGUCGGACCCAGCGCAGCCGCUGACUCUCAGGCAGCGCCGAAGGGUAAACGGGGGCGAAAGGCAAAACAAGAGUUGAUUGAUGCUACAGACGCAUUGCUCGGGGAUCCAACCCCACCCGCUCCCGGAAGAAAGACCCGACAAGUUACCAGAGCCAACAAGCGCUGA